AUGAGUUUCAACAGAGAAAAAUUUCCACAAGGGAAUCCAAUUGGAAAUCCGGAAAACCGCAACAAAACUGAGAAAGAAAUAAAAAAUAAUUAUGAAAAGAGAAUUGGAAAUGAUUCUGACAGUAAGAUUAAAAAUAAUCAUCAAAAAUAUAAAAAUGAAGGCACUCAUGAUAAAAAGAGAUUUAACAAAAGACCAUGGAGAUCCAAUCGACCAAACUGUCGAUCUUUUAAUAAUCAGCCGCAGCCACCUCCACCGUGCAAUAAUUUCUCUAGUACAUCCUGCAAUAAUCAGCCGCAUCCACCUCCACCAUAUAAUAAUUUAUCUAGUACAUCCUGCAAUAAUCAGCCGCCUCCUCCUUCAGCAUACAAUAAUUUACCGAUAAUAUCCUACUGCAAUCAUCCGCCUCCUCCUUCACCAUACAAUAAUAUACCGAUAACACCAUACCUGAAUCAUCCGCCUCUUCCUCCAUGA